UCGUUCAUAGUGAAACGAACGGUCGCCUCGUUAAACCCUUGGCUUCAAAACCCUAAUAUGACGGCCGUCUCACUCCUACGCCGAUCCCUCCGCCUUCACCUGUCCCCCGCUCUCUUCCGCCGCCACGGCCGCUCUCUCUUUACGUCCUCCCCCCUCGCCGCUUCCUCUGCUCUCUCGCUUUCUCCGACCCAUGGAGCGAUUCCGCGGGGCCUUAGGCCGCCAUCCUCUCUUCUCUUUCCUCGUUUUGCUUCCUCCAACAUCUCUGGUGACGAGAACCUCAAGCGGGUGAUAGAUUCCGAGAUCCAGUGCGCACGGGAGUUGGACAACCAUGGCCAGGAAGUGGAUGUCCCGGAGAACUUCCCUUUUGAGAUUAUUGAUAGUCCCGGUGAUCAGGCAGUCUUCCUCAAACGAGAGUUUGCUGGUGAGAACAUCCAAGUCACGGUCUUGAUGAAUUUUGAUGAGCAGAAUGACAUGGAGGAGAAUGAUGAAGAUGAUGGGGAUGAUGAGAGUAAUGAAAGUUCCAUGGAGCCAAGCGUAUCUUUGGUUGUAACAAUUGAGAAAGGGGAGAGUUCUUUGUUAGAGUUUUGUUGCAACCUCAACGCUCAUGAACUUGAAAUUGAGAGCAUGGUCAUCAAGAAACGUGAUGACCCUGAUGACCAAGGAGCAUAUCAAGGCCCUGAGUUUUCGGAUUUGGAUGAGAACCUACAGAAGGCUCUGUACAAAUACCUUGAAGUUAGAGGUAUCAAGAGCUCCCUGUUUGAUUUCUUGCAUGAGUACAUGUUGGCCAAGGAUGAAAGAGAAUAUUUGACGUGGUUAAAGAACAUGAAAGAAUUCGUCGCCAAGUGAGACAUCUUACUAUAGGGGAGAUAUGCGACUUAUGCCUAUCAUUUAAAGCGGCUGUUUUCAAUUGUUUUCCUUUUUUCUCCACAACAUUUUGAUUAGUCCGGGAGGGGUUUCGAGGAAUUUACGUCGCCUUUUGGAUUCUCACUUUCUUAUGAAUUUACAAUAAUUGAGAGUUAAAAAUGACAGAAGAUUGCUACUGUAGUGUGUCCUCCAUGGUUAGUCAAUUAUGGUAUUUGAUCCAAGUUCAAUUGGUACAUGACAUUGUCUGUUUUGUUUCAAUCUUUAUGGAGGAUUGAGGAUUGAGGACGUAACGUAAUGAAUCAAUUUAAAAAUGGAUUGCGUGGUUAUCCUUUGAA